GAUACCCAGUUUGCAAACUUGCCUUGAUCUCACUUCUGGAGGGAGGGGAUUUGUCUUGGGGCCUGGAGGCACAGGAAGAUCCACCCACAGAAAGGACCAAAGACAUCUACAAAGGCCUCUGAGGAUCCCAGGUUAAGAAGUCCCGCCCCAGGGAGUGGAGCUGGAGAACCACUGAGAAGAGCGCUCGGGCAUUCCUAGAGAGGAAAACGCGAGGCUCGACUGACGCGACCCGACUGGUGACGCAACUUCCGGUCGCGCCGCACUUUCUACCUUUCCUGGGUUGGAGUGUUCGUGUUGUGUCAGCAGGGAAGGUCCUGCUGUGACGUGCUCUUCACCCCUAGAGAAGGCUGUUGACUUCGGCCCUUGGUUGCCGCGGGGAGCCCGGGGUUAGGGAGUCAUGGCGGCGCCCGAAGUCCGUCCCGCCCUUCGGGUGCGCUCGUUACCCCCAGACUGUGGCGGCCGCUUUGGGAAGUGGAGACUGAAUAGGGGCUGCGUGGUGGAAGGAAUCUCCGUGCGGCCGACACAGCCACUCUGAUCGGCAGCUGCUUAUUGGGCGGCUAAAUGGCGGUUCUAGGUUCUAGGAGAAGCCGCCGUGAAUAACAAGCGGCGUGGGCCCCGUCCUCAGAGCUUCAGCCUGAUGGGAAAGUUACAUAUUAAUCAGAUCCGAACCUUUCACUCCAGCUGCUGGUAACCCUGUAGCUGCUGCCAAUUGCUUUUGGGUGAAAGCCACUUCCUUAAGGCCCUGCGUGGUUCUGGUCUCUUGCACCUUCUUCAGCCUCAUCUUGCAGCACCCUCCCCUUGACUUUGCUACAGCCUUCUUGGCUCUUCACUUCUAGAACGUGCUUUUGCACGCGCUGUUACUUUUUUAAAGAUUUCCCAUCUAACCUAGUUUUUGUUCUUAAGCCUUCCCUGACUAGGAUAUAGUCACCCUCACCCCCAUCCCAACAUUUAACAGAGUUGUGAUCUUGAAAUUAUUUGUGAGACUUUUUGAUUAAUAUAUAUGUCUGUUAGAUUAGACGAAGCUCCGGAAGGGAAAGGAUCACCUUUUUCUUUCUCUCCACUAUGUCCUGUAUAUCACACAUGGCCUGACAUGAAAUAUGUAUGUGAUAAAUGGUUGUUGAAUGAAGAAAGCACAAGUCAAUGUAUAAUCUCAUACUAGGGUGAAUAUAGUGCAGGAAAUGAAUACAGUGCUAGUGGAGUGUGUAAGAGGGGAACCUGACCUGGUCUGUAGAGACAGGUUGAGAUCUGAAGGAUGAGUUGGCAUUACCUGGGUGAAGAGGGGGUCAGGUUUUUGGGGAGUAUUGCAGGCAGAAUAAUAAUAGGUAUAAAAGUUCUGAGGUUGAAGAAGAGUGGUCAGGGGAUAACAGCAGGUAAAAAGGUCCUGGUUUAGCAUUUUAGAGAGAAAAAGAAGACCAGUGUGACUGAACUAAAAAAGGAGGAAGAUAACACAAGAUGAGGCUAACAGGAAACUGCAUCAUGUAGUGAGACUCUUUGGGGAAGAUGCUGGUUCUUUGGUAGAAUAAGACUGUGUAACAAAUAUACAAAAUGUUUGUGGGGAGUGAUGUACUUAAAGUAAUAACCAAGACAUUUUAGCAUGUUGAAUUUGCCUUUCUGGGUCCUUUGCUAAUCAGUUUCUGGUUAUCACUGGGUCCUAGAAUGGGUCAAUGAACAAAAAUGAUGCCUGCCCCAAGUCAAAGGAAAGGGAGAUUUACCCAGAUAUUCUUUUAGUAAGUUUUCUUGGGUACUCUUAUCUACUUUUCUAUAUUAAGUUUAGAAUCAGUUUAUAAGAUUUCAAAAGAAAUCUUGUUGGGAUUAUGAUUGGAAGCAGGAUAGCAGUAGUUAUUAAAAACAUGGUUUUGGAGUCCGGCAGGUCUGGUUUGGGAUCCACCAGUUGUAUGACCUUGGUAGAACAAACUACUCUUAUAGCCUUAUUUUUCUCAUCUAGGAAAGAGAAAAGGUUCAGAGGAUUGUUGUGGGGACUGAGUGCAAGGAUAUGUAUUUUUUUAAUCCAAAACCACGCUAUUCCUUUCUAUUUCUUUAACCAUUUAUGUUUGUCAGUAAAAUUUAUUUUUUUAAAUAAAGGUCUAGGAUUCUUCUCAAGUGUUGCAUAGAGUUUUUGGUGUCUUCUGCUUUUUGUUUAGCUCUUCAUGUACUUGGCUCCCCAUUCCCCUCUCCACCAUUACCUGGGAAAGACAGAAUUGCUUGAUGUUUGUGAGUUCAGGCUUUGGUGACAUACAACAAGUUAUUUAUCCUUUCAGAAUCUGUUUCCUCAGAAUUACAAACCUCAAGGUGUGGUGUUGAUUAAACAGGAAAUAUAAACCACUUAAACCAGUGGGCAUUUACCCCUGCCCUUCCCUGAGAGGGAGCCCAGGUGAUGGCAGCCAUGCCCCUCACAGCCCGGCACCAGGAGAUGUUGACCUUUGAGGAUGUGGCUGUGUACUUCACCUGGACAGAAUGGAUUGGCCUUGCUCCUGCACAGAGGGCCCUGUACAGAAAUGUGAUGCUGGAGAAUUAUGGGAACUUGACUUCUUUGGGAUACUCAAUUCCCAAACCUGUCCUCCUGAUCUCAUUUCUGGAAGGAGGGGAUUUGCCUUGGGGCCUGGAGGCACAGGAUGAUCCACCUGCACAGAGGACCAAAGAUGUCUGUAAAGAUGCUGAGACCAGCAUUGGCAUUGAGGCCACAUCAACACAGGGAAUUUCUGAAGAAAGAGACAUGAUGAUGAUAUGUGAGCUGCAAAAAAGUGUUCCUCAGAGAACCGACUUUCCCAAACAAUGUGAACUUGAGAAGCACUGGAAAAUCCCCACAGUGAAAAAUGUUAGAGGAAAGGAUGAGAGAAUCCAUUUAGCAAGGAAACCUCUCAGAUGUGAGGAGUGCGGAAAAUGCUUCAGCUAUUUUUCUAACUAUGUCAGACACCAGAGAAUCCACACUGGGGAGAAACCCUUUGAGUGUAAUGAGUGUGGAAGAGCCUUUAAUGUUAGUUCUUCAUUACUUCGGCAUCAGAAAAUCCACACUGGAGAGAAGUCCUAUCAGUGUGAGGAGUGUGGGAAAGCCUUUAAUGAUAAUGCAAAUCUGAUCAGGCAUCAGAGAAUCCACAGUGGGGAAAGACCCCAUCACUGUCAGGAUUGUGGAAAUGAUUUCACAAGUAGUUCUGAGUUUGUUAUACAUCAGAGAAUCCAUACAGGGGAGAAGCCUUAUGAGUGUAAUGAGUGUGGAAAAGCUUUUUUUGGCAAUUCAUCACUAAUUCGGCAUCAGAAAAUUCAACACUGGAGAGAAAACCAUAUUGAGUGUAGCGAAUGUGGCAAAAGCUUCAGAAGGCUUUCCCAUCUUAGCCAACAUUCAGCGUUUCACACAAGGGAAAAGCCUUUUUCUUGUAAAGUAUGUGGGCAAGCCUUCAGUUUUCAUACGAAACUAAUCCGGCAUCAGAGAAUCCACAGUGAGGAGAAACCUUUUGAGUGUGUAGAUUGUGGAAUAGCCUUCAGUGCUAAGGAACAAUUAAAAAGGCAUCUAAGAAUUCAUAUUCAAGAGUCUUCCUAUGUAUGUAAUGAAUGUGGAAAAGUGCUCAGUAGUGAAAGAAAUCUUCUUCGGCACCAGAGAAUUCAUACUGGAGGGAAACCUUGUGAGUGUAGUGAGUAUGAAAAAACCUCUAGGAUUUCUUCCCAGUUAGGUCACCAUGAACAUGUCCACCCAGCAGAGAAGCUUGUGUUGGACGUUGGUCAUUUUGUCCUCCCAGAAUUUUUUACCCCCUUUUUCUGGUAAUAGUACACUAAAUGCCCUUUUCAUCCUUCACUCAAGAGUGGAAGGUGUGGCACUGGCCUGGAUCAGCUACGGUUCCUCUUUUCAAGCCACAGUUAUUGGUUCAUAUGUCAGUAGGUGACCCAGGAUGGUUCAGUUCAAAGUCCUAGGACUUGGCAGUAGCUAGUAGGAAGAACUACUAUUUUGGACUCAAAGGUGGAGGAACUCCUUGGGUUCUGGAGGCUGAGAAUAAAGUCAAGAGAGUAGUUAUAUCAAAGUUGGAGACCAAUCAAAUCAUGAGUUAUUGUUUGAACAUUAAACCAUAUCUGAAGCAAGAGUUGUAUCUGGGUUUUUGAAUUCCAGGAACAAAUAAAUUCCACUUUUCUUUUGUUUUGCUUAA